CAAAAUUCCUGCUUGUUUUAGAUGAUGUGUGGAAAGACCGUGAUGAAGAUUGGGACCCACUAAAAGUUGUUUUUCGACAAGGCAUGUCUGGAAGUAGGAUUUUGGUGACUACUCGUAAAAAGCCAGUUGCAACGGGGAUGGGAUCCUGUCAAGUGUUUCAUUUGGAAGAAUUAUCUGACGAAGGUUGCUGGUUAAUACUUAGUCAAUUGGCCUAUAUGGGAAAGGGAAAUGAGUUGCGUGAAAAGUUGGAGGAUAUUGGAAGGGAAAUAGCAAAGAAGUGUAAAGGUUUACCGCUUGCUGCAAAGACUUUGGGAGGUUUGUUACGGGAGAAAAACACUAGGAAUGAGUGGCAAAAUAUACUGAACAGUGAGAUAUGGAAAUUAAAAGUUGCAGAAAAAGGCAUUUUCAGACCUCUCCUGCUAAGUUAUUAUGAUCUGCCCUCAGAAAUAAGACCAUGCUUAUUAUAUUGUGCAAUCUUUCCCAAAGAUUUUGAUUUUUGGCCAACUGAAUUAAUUAAGCAUUGGAUGGCACAUGGUUAUCUAAACUGCAAGGAGAAUUUAGGGAUGGAAGAAGGAAAAGGUGGUGAAUACUUCAACUAUUUAGCAUCUCGUUCUUUUUUUCAAGACUAUGAAAAAGAUGAGGAUGGUAACGUAAUUGAAUGUAAGAUGCAUGACAUGGUACAUGAUUUUGUCCAAUAUUUGACAGAUGAAGAAAUUGUGGCGGUGGAGUUUGACAACAGUGAAACUGUGAGGCUUGAUUUAUCUUCCAAAAAGACUCAUCAUUUGAGGGUAAAGAUAUCAAAAGAGGAUCAAUUUCCUGUGUCUAUAAAAGGCAUAGAGAACCUACGGAGCCUUCUAGCUGGUGGUCAACAGUGUGAUGUAACUGGUGAAGCCUUGGCAGCAUUCUUCAAGGGAGCGAAAUGUCUAAGAUUAUUUGAGUUUGCGAAGGAGUGGUAUGGUCAUGUAAAUGUAAAAGAAAUUCCAAAUGAAAUAGGGAAAUUAAUUCAUCUGAGAUACCUUAAUUUUUGUGGCUGUGGGAAUUUAAAAGAAUUGCCUGAAGAAGUGUGUGAAUUGCAUAAUUUGCAAUACUUGAAUCUCGAUGGUUGUCAUAAUCUUGAGAAACUACCAGAUGGUAUGGGGAAAUUAAUCAACCUGAGGUAUUUUUAUUCUAAGUAUUGUUUUGGGCUACAAUAUUACCCAAAAGGGAUUGGGAGAUUAACUUCUCUCAGGGAAUUAAUCCCAAUCAGAGCGAGAGUAGAUGGCAAAGACGCAGCUAAAGAAUUCAGUGUGGGAGAUUUGGAAAACUUGGACCUCCUUCGUGGAUAUCUUCAAAUAAAAGUGGUGGGAAAUGUGGUUGAUGUGGGAGAGGUUAAGAGAGCCAAACUUCACAACAAGAGACAUCUUGACCGCCUGGAUCUGACUCAUGGAGAGAUAAAUCCUAAUGGCGUCAUUCAAGCCUUAAAUCUACCUCCUUCCUUUGACAUAUCGAUAGUCGAAGUGCUUAGGUGGAUCAGCUUCAAAAGAAGGUCAACGUAAGGGUGAAUCAGAGGAGCUGCCAUCCGUGGGAAGAAGAAAUGGUGCUGGCUUCUACCUCUUUUAUGCUUUUAGAUAUCUAUAUUUUUAAAACAUUCAGUAUGUGAUUGUCUAAAAUCAUGUAAAAACUUAAUGUGUGUCCGCUGCUGUCUUUGGUCCCUGCUUUGAACCAUGAUUUGAACUCUCGAGCUGUUCGACCAAAUCCUGCAGCUUACUUCUGUAUUUGUAUAAUUAAUUUGUUGUGUGCUUGAUGUUUGUAUGGAUUAUUUGUGGGAUCUUUAACUUGUAAUGUAUUAUUUUAAAUGUAUGGAGUUAUUUAUGUUUAAUAUUAUUGAG